AUGAUUUGUCCAAAUGUUCAAAAAGACAUUGUGAAUUCUUGUGCUAAAGAAACGUUGAAAGCAAUUUUUGAAGACUUAAAUGGAGAUUACUUUGGAAUAUUAAUUGACGAGUCUAAAGAUGUCUCUCAUAAAGAACAAAUGGCACUUGUUCUGCGAUAUGUCAACAAAGAGGGUAAGCUUAUUGAGCGAUUUCUAGGUGUUGUUCAUGUUAAAGAUACAUGUGCACGGUCACUGAAAGAUGCUAUAUGUUCUUUGCUUUUAGAGCAUAAUUUGAGUUCUUCUCAUAUUCAGGGACAAGGUUAUGAUGGAGCUAGUAAUAUGCAGGGAGAAUUCAAUGGUCUUAAAACUUUGAUUAUGAAAGAUACUCCUUCGGCAUAUAGUGUACAUUGUUUUGUUCAUCAAUUACAAUUGACUCUUGUAGCUGUUGCAAAGAAACAUCAUGAGUGCAGGGAGAUGCUUAGAGAUGAUCAAACAGAAAAAUUAGAAGAGUUAUUGAUGCUCGGUGAAGUUCAUACAGGAAACGGAUUGAAUCAAGAACUUGAACUUCAAAAGGCAGGAGAUACUCGUUGGAGUUCUCAUUUUAAAACAGUUGUAAUUUAUUUGCAACUUGGUAAGCUUAAUAGUCGUUUUGAUGAAGUGAAUACUGAUCUACUUCUUAGUAUGGCUAGUUUAAGUCCAGAUAACUCUUUUGUAAAUUAUGAUAAAAACAGGAUUAUAAAACUUGCUACCUAUUAUCCGAAUGAGUUUAGUGCUUCCAUGCUUGAAGAUCUUAGUUUUGAGCUUGACAAUUAUAUUGCCUAUGUGCGACAAAGGAAUAAUAAUUUCUCUAAGUUGAAAAGACUUGGGGAUCUUUUAGAGACAUUGGUGAAAACAAAUUUGCACAAGACUUGGACACUUGUAUAUUUGCUUGUGAAGUUGAGUUUGACAUUACCUGUGGCGACUGCAACGGUGAAAAGGGCUUUCUCUUCGAUGAAAUAUAUUAAAAAUGACCUACGUAGCAGAAUUGAUGAUGAAUUUUUGAAUGAUUGUUUAGUUUGUUAUAUAGAAGAUGAGGUAUUUGAAACUGUACAUAAUGAAACGAUCAUUGAUCGUUUUCAAAACAUGACAAGUCGUCGAGUACGAUUAUAA